AUGAAAAAUUUAAAUAUCAUAAGUAACAAAAUAGUUGAGGAUAGGGUAAAGGAAUAUUGUAGGAAAAUCGAGGAGAAUAAAUUAAAGAAUGUAAAGCCCACUAUAAAAUUUGAAAGAAAUAAAAUAAAUAUAAAUAACAAAAAAAAACUAUACUUAGAGAAAUUAAGAAAUGAAGAAAUAGAAAGAAAUAAUAAUAUUCUUAAAAAAAAAUUGGAAGGCAUUAAUAAGAGGGAAAAAAAAAACAUCGAACAAAAUAAACAAACAGGAGUACAAAAAGUUAAUACAAAUAAAAAAAACUUUCUUGCUGAAAAUAUAAAAAAAGCAAAACUAAAGAAAGAAAAGACAAAAACUAAUCAUUCCAAUGUAACAUUGAAUGAUCAUAUAUCUAUAAAAAAUAUGAAAAAAAUCGUCUAUAAGGGUUAUGUCGACGAUAGCAAAAAGAGUUACAAGUUUUAUACAGAGUUAAAAGUGGAUGAAGAAUCUAAUUUGAGUAUUCUCGCAUUGAAUUUGAAAAACAAAAGAAUAAAAAAGUUUUUUUAUAAUAAGGAAAAGCAUCACGAGUUAUUAAGCCAACUUCAUUCGUACGAUGAAAUAGCAAAAAGCAUUACUCUCAUAGAAGAAGAAAAUGGAGAUAAAAAUAAGAAAGUUUCAUCAAACAAAAAAGAAACAAGAAGAACACAAAAUGAAAAACCGAUGAGAAUAAAAGAUAGAGUUAUGAUGGAAAAUAUAGAAAAGACUUGUGAUUUUUAUAUCAAAAAAUAUUUUAAUGAGGAUUUAGAAGAUAAUAACUUUUUAGAUAAUAUAGAUAAAAUGAAUAGUUCAGAUGGAAAACAAUCCAAUGAUUUAUUGAAUUUUAAAAAAAGAAAAAAUUCUUUCUUAUUAAUGAAAAAUGAAAUCUUAUAUAAGUCAAAAAUCAAUGAAGCACAAGCUCUUUUAAUUUUUCAAAAAAUUAAAGAAAAGCUGAAAAAAAAUAAAAAUUUUAUAAAGUCUAGUAAAAAUAUGUCUUCUUUCGUAACAAAGACUCAAAAAGAAAAUAACCUCAACGGUAAUAAAAAUGCUGAUGUAACACACGGGUCGACAUCCCAAGAUAGACAAAUAAAUAAUGAAGAUCAUAAAAAUGUAAAUAAUACACAAAUAAAUGAAGAUAUACAAAUAAUAAAACAUAUAGAAGAAAAUAUAGAAAAUGAACACGAUAAAUUAGAGGAAACACAAGAAAAAAAAAUGGAGGACGUGGCACAAAAAGAUGAACAACAAAUUGAUAACCUAGAAAAUGAAAAGGAUACAGAAAAAAAAGAGGCUGAUGGAGGUGAAGAUAAGGAAAAGGAAGGUAAAGAAGAAGAAGAUAAAGAAGAAGAAGAUAAAGAAGAAGAAGAUAAAAAAGAAGAAGAUAAAAAAGAAGAAUGUAAAGAAGAAUAUAAAGAAGACUGUAAAGAUAAAGAAGAAGAUAAAAAAGAAUGUAAAGAUAAAGAAGAAGGUAAAAAAGAAUGUAAAGAAGAAGGUAAAAAAGAAUGUAAAGAAGAAUGUAAAGAAGAAGGUAAAAAAGAAUGUAAAGAAGAAGGUAAAGAAGAAGAUAAAGAAAAAGAUAAGGAAGAAAAUAACGAAAAAGAAGAUAAAGAAGAAGAAAUAAAUUCCCAUUUGAAUAUACAUGAAACUAAUUAUGAUGAAGAGCAACUUGGUCUUCCCAAAAAAAUGGAAAGUCACCAAGAAGAUAAAGAAGAUGCAGUGCAAAAAAUAAAUGACAAUAAUGUUGAUAUGAAUGAAGAAAAUAAUUUAAAUAAUAUCUAA